AUGGCGGAUAAAUCAGAAAGACCCACGAGCUCACGCAGUUCUGAUACGGAUGGUGACAGUUUCGAAGAAGCAUCUGAGAUUACCCCUCGCCCAGAGUCACAAUCCGAACGAUCACAGUCACGGUCGCGGUCCCUCCUACAACGAGAGUCCUCCUCUUCAACCGUUCAAGGAGCCAAAGCAGUGUCACCCGCUCCUGCAGUGCCAAAAGUACCCAAAGAGGAAAGCGACGACGACGAUGAUGAUGAUGAUGAUGACGACGAUGAGGAGGAGGAUGAAGACGACGACGAAGAAAGUGACGAUUCGGACAGCGAAGCCGAGCCCAAGGCCACGGAGAAGCCUACGGAGAAGCCCACCGAGAACGCACCCGCAGUCAAGUCACCACUGCUCACCGGACACAGAGUGUCAGUCACGUCGGACAUGGACGACGUGUCGUUAGAUAGCGAAGGCUCCAAGGCCCCUGGCAUACUCCCAAAACUACCACCACGAGACUCCCGAGAUUCCACAAGUUCCGCAAGCGGACUACAAGGCCUCUCUGGCAGGAUGUCACCUGUAAAAUUUCCUCCGCCGCCCGCACCACCGGCUGUACAAGAGAAGCCCGCGCCAGCACCACCAACGGCUAGAAAACUCACAGGCCCCUUUGCGUGGCUUUCGAGGAAUAGCUCUAGCAAGAAACCCGAAUCUCCGCCGGCGGCUACGACAACUGCAGAGCGACGGAAUACUGGAGCGUCUAUUGCAACCAUCGGCAGUAACCCUGAGCUCACUUUGAGCAGGAUCGAAGAUGAAGGAGAAAUGGGCUCAAAGAACAGAACAAGCCAGGGCAGCCUGCGAGAUCGUUUCAAAAUUCUGCGAAUGAGGGAAGAGGCGGGCAUAACACUGAGCGAUGAGACAGGCGCAGAUGGCAGUCCAGCAGUGGCUUUAGCAUCGCCGGGCAUUGGGCUCGGCAUUGCCAGUCCUACGCCUAUAUCUGGAGAAGAGCCAGGAAGUCCUCCAGCUAUCGUAAAACAACCUACGAUCAACCCGAAGCUGGCCCCGGGAACUGCAUCUGGAUUCGCCGCUGGCCCGGCGGGAGACAUAGCCGAGCCUGUAGAUUGGGACCUCUGGCAAUCAGUGGUCAAUGAGGGCCCAGCAGCGAUUGCGCGCACCAGCCCUGAAGAACUAAACCGCGCCAUCGCAAAUGGUAUCCCUCAAGUCAUCCGGGGAGUCAUUUGGCAAGUGCUUGCGCAAAGUAAGAGCGAAGAGCUGGAGAGCAUGUACAGGGAACUCGUAGCUCGUGGAACAGACAAGGAAUUCAUGAGCGUCAGCGCCAGCGCUAGAACGAGUACCCUCAGCAAUGCGAACACCAAUGGGAACGGCAAGGAAUCAGUCGCUUCGUCCUCGUCUUCUGUGCACUCCGACUACUCGAGUCCGGCUACAACAGCUGCUAGUACCACUGCGCCAUUAGGCUCACCGUCACUCACAUCAGAGAAUGAAGAUCCAAUGAAGACGCAAGCAAGGCUUGCGGCGGAAAAGAAACAAAACACCGCCACGAUCUCGAAACUAGAGAAGGUCAUCAAGCGCGAUCUGGGAGCGCGCACGAGCUACUCCAAGUACGUCAUGGCAGCUGGUUUGCAAGACGGUCUUUUCGGCAUUUGCAAAGCCUAUGCUUUGUACGAUGAUGCUGUCGGCUACGCCCAAGGCAUGAACUUCAUCGCUAUGCCUCUACUCUUCAACAUGCCCGAGGAAGAGGCAUUCAGUCUCUUUGUGACACUGAUGAACAAGUAUCGCCUGCGCGACCUUUUCGUGGCUGACAUGGCUGGACUCCAUCUGCACCUCUACCAAUUCGAACGCCUUUUGGAAGAGUUUGAACCCGCUCUCUACUGCCAUCUUCGCCGGAGAGAGGUCAAGCCACAACUCUACGCUACGCAAUGGUUCCUCACAUUGUUCGCAUACCGGUUCCCGCUACAGCUCGUCUUGCGCAUCUACGAUCUAAUACUCAGCGAGGGUCUUGAAUCUGCGAUCUUGAAGUUUGGCAUUGUGCUCAUGCAAAAGAACGCUGAAACAUUGCUGGGUAUGAAGGACAUGUCGACACUGACGACGUUCCUCAAGGAGCGAUUGUUCGAUGUCUAUAUCGACAAAGCUCCAUCAGCUAACUCAAUCCUGGAGAACGGCUUCUUUGGCUCGACAGCUGGCAUCGACAAGGAGAUCUAUCGUGCUGACACUCUCGUGAAAGACGCAGUUUCCGUCAAGAUCACGCCAGAGAUGCUUAAGCAGUACACUGCUGAAUGGAAAGAACAGCAACGCAUAGAGAAGGAGCGCGAGACUGAGCUUCACGGACUGAAAGAUAAGGUGACGUCUCUGGAACAGAAGGUCCGGUCACUCGAGCAUCGCGCUGAGCAGUCCGAUAUGGAGCAUGUUCAGGUCGCUUCUGAGCUCAUCAAGACUAAGGUCGAGAACGAGAACCUCGCCGACGAGAACGAGACGUUGAAGACAAAGGUCGAAGAGCUGCAGAAGAUCGUCGACACCCAACCCGCAGAGGUCGAGGCAAGAUUGAAGAACGAAAUGGAGACUGUCAUGCAAAAGAACAUCGUCGUCCACAACGAGAACCGCAAUCUAGAAGACUCAAUGGCUGAGAUGGAGAAAGAGUUGGUUGACGUCAAGAUGCAAUGGGCUACAAUCAACGAAGAGCACGAAGCGCUAAAGCAGAAAUGGAACAACAUUUCACAGAUGAUGAAGAAAUAA